AUAAUUCAUAAAAGUUUCUAAGCAAUAUUUAUAUAUUCCAAAAAAAGAAAAAAAAGGGGUUUUGUUAACUAUAAUUUUAUUCAUGGUGAUGGUGUAUAAAGUAUACGAAAAUUUCGUUUUCUGUUAAUAAGCGCCCGGGUCCAAUUUUCCUCAAAAUCAGGGGCUAAGUUAUUUUAUUUUAUUUUUGUUAUUUUAUUCUCAGGCUUCAAGUUCGUUAUCGUCUAAUCCGUUGGCUUUUUUCUCAGUCGUACAAACUGAGACACAGACAGAGAAAAAGAAAGAAGCAAGAAGACAGCAAAAUCCGGUGCGUUAGCAAAGAGCAAGCUUCCCCUGUACCGGGCUUCGAUCCAAAGGCUGGAGUUUCAGUCUACAAGCCCAAAUCCUAUGAAGUUCUCGUCACAGAUGCUGCAAAAUCCCUUGCUUUUGCUCUCCAGGAUGGAAAGACCCGCUUGGAGAUUGAUUUCCCGUACUUUUUUUUUUCUCUGUUUCUCAAAAUGCUUCUUGUACAAUUCUGUGUUACAUUUUCUAGUGUUCCUUGCCUUCUAUUUUUUCCUUAUGGUUGAAAGAAAUUUUAAAUUCACAAUAAUUUUGAUUCCCUUUAUACCCAUUUCGAAAUUCUCAAUUUUGAGCUUGUUCUAUGAGUUAUUUUGGAUUUUUCUUCCUGGUUACAUGACUUGAAAAUGAAAAAGCCACUGGUUUCCGAGCAGUGUCCGGAUUUAGAUACGUUUAUGCCACUGCCUAGCAACAUUUCCUCCUAUAAGGGAUCUUCAGAUGAUUUCAUAGAUGCCAACAUCCAACUUGCAUUGGCUGUUGUAAGGAAGCUCCAAGAAAGAAAGGAAACCAGAGCUUGCAUUGUGUUCCCCGAUCAGCCAGAAAAACGCAGGGCCACUGAGCUUUUCAAGACAGCUCUGGACUCGAUUGAUGGUAUAACCAUUGGUACUCUGGAUGAUGUUCCCAGUGGUCCUGUCAACACAUUCUUCAAGUCCAUAAGGAACACACUUGAUUUUGAUUUUGAAGAUGAGUAUGAAGGUCGUUGGGUUUCCAGUGAACCUCCUUCUCUUUAUGUAUUUAUUAAUUGCAGCACACGUGAACUUGCUAUAAUAGAGAAAUAUGUGGAAAAAUUUGCUAAGUCAACUCCAACACUUCUGUUUAAUCUUGAACUUGAUACAUUGCGUGCUGACUUGGGCCUUCUGGGAUUUCCAACCAAAGAUUUGCAAUAUCGAUUUCUUUCGCAAUUCAUUCCAGUGUUCUAUAUUCGAACCAGAGAGUACUCAAAGACAGUAGCAGUAGCACCUUAUAUUGUGAAUUACAGUGGAGCUCUGUUCCGUCAAUACCCCGGGCCAUGGCAGGUAAUGCUUAAACAAGCAGAUGGUUCUUAUGCUUGUGUAGCAGAGAGUUCAACUCGCUUCACACUGGGCGAGACAAAGGAAGAACUGCUGAGGGUCCUAGGACUACAAGAGGAAGAAGGAAGCUCACUAGAAUUUCUUCGUAGAGGCUAUAAGGCUGCUACUUGGUGGGAAGAAGACGUUGAAUUAGAAUUAUCUUCUGAAUGGCGUAGUUGAGUAGGGCAGUAUCAAAACAAAAGUUCUCAACGUGAUCGAGAUCUCAGUGAUAAAGAGAUCAAUGAUAGCUGAUCUGAUAUGCUCGGAAAUACUCAUGAACUCAGGGAAAGGAUUUCAGGAAACAGGAAGAUUCAGAAGAUUUGCAUUGGACUUCCUACAAAAACUACAUUCAAUAGGAAGAAAAUCAAAUGAGACAGGAGAGAGCUGGAGGGUUUGGAAAAUCAUACCUUUAUUUUUAAGAAUAAAAAAAUUAAAAGGAAAAGGAUUUCUUUCCAACAGAAAACACUUAUAUGUAUGAUAUUCCAUGAGACUCUAAUAAUGUCUAUGGAAUAUCUCAUUAAACUUGUAAUCUAUUCGAUCUCCUAUAAUCACCAAUCAAUAUGGAUCAACAUGUAAGUAUUUACUAUAUAACCAAAUCCUUUUGGCAUA